GAUACAAUAUAGUGUGAUACACCUGUUUGAUCAUUCAAACAUUCUGAUGGAUAAUUUGAGUUAAUUGGUUAGAAUACCACACAGACUAUUGAUCGUUUUAGUAAUAUACAAUAAACAGAAUUAACAAACUCAAAGAAGAGAAGUUAAAAUAAAUCUAGAUUCGAAUCUCGCAGGAGGUAUGGUCAUGGAUACGCACUGUUGAGGAGUCCCAUGGCCGUCUAGUGCUUCCAGAUUUUUCAUGGUGAUCGUCUAGCUUCAACUGACUCAUGAUCUUAAUUAUUCAAAAUUACUACAAUCUCCACAAAACCCCUUCUGAUAUUAUCCUUCUAUUUAUAUGUUUCAUUAUAAAUAAUAAGACAGUCAGUCUCUACUCAGAUUAUUGAUAUUUUAAGGUAAACAAGGCAGUAUAAAAUAAGAAUAAAAAAAAAAAACUUAUUCACGUAGGUGGGGAAAAGGAACAGAGUUUCUAUUCAAAUAAAAAAAAACAAACAAACAUUUUUUGUUUAACUCAAGAGUACUUACUAUUCAUUGAUAAAGAGGGAAGUCUAUUUGACCUUGAAGAUUGAACAAACAAAUGAGGUUCUACUCAUAUAUAUGUAUGUUAUUUAAUAAGAGAUAGAUAGAUACAUAGGAUGAAAUCAACCAAUCAGAAUAAACGCUCUCUUUCCAUUCGCCCACGCAUAGUUGCUAAGAUAUAUAUAUAUAUGUAUAUGUGUGUUUAUUAUUCUAGUUACUACCUAGUAUCCUAAUAUGCUCAUUAUUUAUAAUGUACUGAAUUAAACGAAGUUGUUAUAUAAAUAGUAUAUAUUCCUAUAAUAUACAAUAAGUAGUAUGGUUAUAUUAAUCUUUGGAAUUAUUUCUCAUAUUAUAAUACAAAUAUCCUAUGGAAAAAUACAUACAAAUCAAUGGUUAGUUAAAUUAAAACAUAAUAAUAAUAAUAAUAAUAGAAAUGAAUUAAAAAGAUCAGCUAAUGAAAUAGCUAAAGAACUUGGUUUUAUCACAUUAAAUGAACAUAAUUAUGGUGAACCAAAUGAAUUUGUAUUUACCCAUAUAGGUAUACCAUAUGCUCGUGGUACACCAAAUUAUAUACAUAAUUAUCGUUUAAAUCAACAUCCAUUUAUUGAUCAUGCUAUACAAAUUGAAGGAUUUAUACGUAAAAAACGUGGUUACCGAUCAUUAACUGAUAAUAAUUUAAAUCGAAUUAAUAUUCCAAAAGUAAGAAUAUUAACAAAUCAAGAAAAAGUAAUCAGUGAAUUACGUAAUAAAACAGAUCCAUUAUUUAAAAAUGAAUGGUAUUUAUAUAAUAUUGGACAAGCGGAUGGUGUACCAGGAUUAGAUUUAAAUGUAUUAGCUGCAUGGUCACAAAAUAUUACUGGUCGUGGAGUGAUUACAGCAAUUAUGGAUGAUGGUAUAGAUUAUUUACAUCCAGAUAUAGCUGAUAAUUAUGCUGCAGAAGCAAGUUAUGAUUUUUCUAGUAAUGAUGCAUUCCCAUAUCCACGUUAUACAGAUGAUUGGUUUAAUAGUCAUGGAACACGUUGUGCUGGAGAAGUUGCUGCAAUUGCUGGUAAUGGAGUUUGUGGAGUUGGUGUUGCACCAGGUUCUAAAGUAGCUGGAUUACGUAUGUUAGAUCAACCUUAUAUGACAGAUUUAAUUGAAGCAGCUGCAAUGGCUUAUGCCCGUGAUCUUAUUGAUAUAUAUUCAGCUAGUUGGGGACCUACAGACGAUGGGACAACUGUUGAUGGUCCAAGAAAUCAAACUAUGCGAGCUCUAGUAGAUGGUGUAAACAAUGGUCGAAAAGGUAAAGGUAGUUUAUAUGUUUGGGCAUCAGGUGACGGUGGAGAGAAUGAUGAUUGUAAUUGUGAUGGUUAUGCAGCUAGUAUGUGGACAAUAAGUAUUAAUUCAGUUACAAAUGAUGGUCAUACAGCUGUUUAUGAUGAAUCAUGUGCUUCAACAUUAGCUUCAACAUUUUCUAAUGGUAAAAGCCCAUUUCUUCGUGAUGCUGGAGUUGGAACUAUUGAUUUAUAUGGAAAUUGUACAUUACAUCAUUCAGGUACAUCAGCUGCAGCACCAGAAGCAGCUGGUGUAUUUGCUUUAGCAUUAGAAGCUCAAAAUGAACUUACUUGGAGAGAUAUACAACAUCUUACUGUACUUACUUCAAAACGUAAUCAUUUAUAUGAUAGACAACAUAAUCAUAAUUGGACAAUUAAUGGUGCUGGUUUAGAAUUUAAUCAUUUAUUUGGUUUUGGUGUAUUAGAUGCUGGUGAUAUGGUACAUUUAGCAAAAAACUGGAAAACUGUACCAGAACGUUUUCAUUGUAUUGCUGGAACAUUUAAUGGUCGUAAAAUUGCACGUCUUGGUCAACCUAUAUUUUUAGAAUUAAAUACUGAUGCAUGUAUGAAUAAUCCCAUAAAUCAAGU